GAUUCAUUUUAGAUUGAAUUGGUUUUUAUUUGGGUAAGACACUUGAAUCAUGGCUUCAGAAGAGGAAGCAAGCCGCAGAGAAUGUGAGGCUUAUGUUCAACGCCACGAUAUUCAAGGUAUUAUGAAGGAAUGUAUCGUUAGUUUAUGUGUUAGCCGACCAGAUAAUCCAAUUAAAUUUCUCCGAGAGUAUUUUCAAAAAUUGGAAAAGGAGGAAUCAAUUAUUCGUCGUCAGCAACAACAGCAACAACAGCAACAAAGUAAAGCACCAAUAUCACCGCCAGAAGAUGAUUUAUCUCCUGUCCCAACCAUUGCUCAAAGGACUAGGCGUGGUGCAGUAAGCGCUGAAACGUAUUCAGAAGAAGAUGCCACAACCUAUGUAAAAAAGGUUGUUCCCAAAGACUACAAAACGAUGGCUGCCCUCUCCAAAGCUAUUGAAAAAAAUGUCCUGUUUAAACAUCUGGAUGAAGGAGAAAGAAGUGAAAUCUUCGAUGCAAUGUUUCCUGUUGUUCACAAACAAGACGAAAUAAUAAUUAAACAAGGAGAUGAAGGAGACAAUUUUUAUAUCAUUGAUGAGGGAGAAGUCGAGGUAUUUGUUAACAAUAAUCUAGUAACAACCAUUGGGGAAGGCGGAAGCUUUGGAGAACUAGCGCUCAUCUAUGGUACACCUAGAGCUGCUACAGUUAAAGCGAAAGUAGAUUGUAAAUUAUGGGCCAUAGAUAGAGACACAUAUCGUCGUAUCCUUAUGGGUAGUACUAUUAGAAAGAGGAAAUUAUAUGAAGAAUUCUUGAACAAGAUUUCCCUGUUUGAGAGCCUCGAUAAAUGGGAAAAGUUGACCAUUGCUGACGCUCUUCAGCCAGUCACCUACACUGAUGGUGAGGUUAUUGUUGAACAAGGUCAACCAGGAGAUGAUUUCUAUAUUAUUGAAGAUGGUAUAGCGAUUGUAUACCAACGUCGUGUGGACAAUGAGCCCCAAACUGAAGUUAGCAGACUUGGGCCAGGAAAAUAUUUUGGUGAGAUUGCUCUUCUUUUGGAUCGACCUCGAGCAGCUACUGUUGUUGCUAGUGGGCCGUUAAAGUGUGUCAAACUGGAUCGUGCUCGAUUUGAAAGACUUCUUGGACCUUGUUCUGAUAUUCUAAAGCGCAAUAUGGAACACUAUAAUUCGUUAAUUUCAUUAUCUGUUUGAAAUUUUGUUUUUUGCAAAGUUUUAUUUUGAGAAGGAAAUUGAGAUAAAACAGAACAGUGUAAUGUAAAAGUUAAUAUGGAAGGAUAUAAAAGGUGGCAACAUUAACAUGAACAACAACGUCAAAAAUUAACUUCAACUACAACCAAGUUAUUAGUAUCAUCACAAAACAAAACCAUAACUAAAAACGAAAGACAAUGACCACUAUAGAUGGCCAACAAAAAUUGCUUUAAAAAGGAACAAGAAUCAUGAUAAAUUAAGAAAAUCCAGGCAAUUGUGAGGUGACAAGAAUACUGUGAAAAAAAAGUUUAACAAGAUCUCAAAAGACGAUUUGCAGAUCAUGAAAUUGAUUGACAAUUACCAAACAAACAAAUAUCUAAAACGAACCUACGCAUCAUUAAAGCCUGAGAAUUACAAAAAUACCCAUUCUACCAUCUCCACGAAAUUAUAAGGAAAACAAUUGGACAAGCUCGUUACAAAUUCACACAAGACACUCUAUAAAACACAAAAUACGCUUAAAACUAAACGCGCAUCCCAUUGAAACAAAAAACAAUUAUCCAAGGCUCAACAGUGAUUAACGUCAAACUAUGAGCUCUUCUCAUGUCCUAUUAUACGCUUUUAAUUAGCAUAUCGCUCUCUCUCUCUCUUCCUCCCCUUUAUCUUCAUUUUCUUCUCUCUUUAUCUCUCUGUUAUUGUUGUUAAAUUACUCCUUAGUUUGUAGAAAAUUGAAGAUUGUUCUCUUCGUUUAACCAUCUUUUAUUUUCUGUAUUCUCUUGCUGUGUUAGGUCUUUCGUUGCGUAUUCUUCGUCCUCCAAACUUCAAUCAUUACAAUGGGACAAUGACUAACUGAACAUCUUCCCUGCCAUCACUUCAACUUUUCCUCCUUCUCUUCUUCCUCUCUUCUUUCCUUCAUUUCUCUCGCAAUCAUUAAGCACUCCAACAUCAAGCAAAUAUAAAUGUAACUUCACUAGUCUCAUGUUUUCUGGUAUCUCUUGGGAUCACACCAAACAUUACUGUCUCAACCCAUUGUUACCAACAUAACGCAAAUUCGUUCGGUCAUACACAACAAAAACAGAAAUGGAAUUUAAAAAUUCAACGAUCCAAUUUAUAUUAAUCAAUUAGACAACCUAUCUAAUCAACUUGUACUUGAAAAAAACAAGUUGAUAUUGAAUAUGAAGAAAAGUCGGUUAUGAUGAGUUAAAAAUCAUGUAAUAUUCAAUGUUUCAUUCGGGUUAAACUUGCUACGGUUUAACAAUGGAUAUAUUAAUGAAUUCUUAAUAAUAACUGUUGAAUUUUACUGUCAAA